AUGACACUAAAUAAAAAAUCAAUCCUUUUAAUCGUUAUUGCUCUCAGCUGUGUUAUUCAAGCUGAAAAAGUUGACACUAAAAUACUUGACUUGACCACGUUCGGUUUAGAAAGAUAUGAGACACCAAUCGAUGUUAUUGUGGGACAACAUCUCUAGAUAAUUUUAUAAGAGAAUCCAACAACUGGGUAUGAAUGGGAAUAAUGCAAUACACAAGCUGCUUGCGAUAUUUUGACUUUCGGCCAAGAACCCCAACACACUCUUAAGUUCAUUGGUAGCUCGACAAGCAGAAAGUCUCAAUCAUCUAACCAAGAUGGAUCAGUCUUUGUCGGCGUAGGAGGAUCACACACAUUUGAAUUUGAGGUGGUCGAAGCUGGCUAAUCUGACUUGCAUUUCAUAAACAAGAGAUCUUGGGAAGUUAAUGCAGUUGAAUCUAAGUCAGUGAGAAUCAUAUCAGUUUAAUGA